AUGUGGAUUUCCUCCACCCCCAUUCCAGGCCAGGCCCUUCACCGGAUCCUGCGGAGGAAGGAGCCGGGCAGCACACAGGAUCCUGCCCCAGUGGAGCUCAGAGCCCACAGGGAGGUGCAGACAGACACGGGGAAUCCCAGCAGGACAGGAUCCAUGCAGCGGGAGGUGGCAGCUGAGCCAGGCUGGGGCCCUGAGAGCAGCUGCUCAGAGAGGGAUGUCUGUGUAGGGGAGAAGAAGAAAGGAGGGGUGGGGAAGCAGUUUUGUGAAGAACCCAAACCUGGAGACCUGAUCCGGAUUUUCCUUGGCUAUGAACACUGGGCCAUCUAUGUGGGAGACGGUUAUGUGAUCCAUCUGACUUCUCCAAGUGAGUACCUGGGGGCUGGCUCUGGCAUCAUCUUUUCCAUUCUGAGCAACAGGGCGGUGGUGAGACAGGAGCUCCUUCAGGAAGUGGUGGGGAGCUGCCCCCAUAGGGUCAACCUCUUGGACUACAAGUGCAGACCACGGCCUGUGAAGCUGAUCUCCUGCUCUGCGAGGGAGAAGACUGGUCAGGAGAUGAAGUACAGUGUUCUGGGCAGGAGCUCUGAGGACUUUGUUACCAACCUGAGAUAUGGUGAGCCCAACAGCAGGCAGGUAAGGCUCUCUUUGAGACAAUCCUUCUUUCUCCUGGAGGUCCCCCUGGGGUGGCAGUGACCAAGCUGUGCAGCCAGAGGGGAGAAUUACCAUGACCCACUGGCUGGGAGUCAGGAUGUAUGAGCUCAAAUCUUCAAUCAGCUUCUGAUCCACUGGGGGUCUGUGGACAGGCCACUCCCUCCCUGGGCCUCAGUUUCCCCAUGUGUAGGAGGAGGAGUUGGACGGAGGACCUCUGGAGGCCUGCCAGCCUGACCUUCUAGGAUCCUUCGCCCGUAGGAUCCACCCUAAAGGCAGCUCUUGAUGCCCCCAAAUGAUGUCAGAAAGAGUGUGGGCCAAGCCAGCACCAGGACAGAUCUCCUAAGGUCCCAGAGAGCACUCAGGCAAGGGAUGCUCAAGAUCCAUGGGCCUAUGUACGAGCUCAAGGAUUCAUUUAUGGAAGAUCUGGGGCACAGCUUCCCCACCCACCCCUUCUGGCUUCCACAUGUGUUCUCCCCAAACCACACAGCUAAUAAGUGGCAGAGGCAAGAUUCCAACCCCAGCUGUCCUUCUCUAGAGUCUCUGCUCCUUACCGCCGUACUGAAGCACCUGCAGGGCUCCAGGCCCAGGAGAUCGGGUGGACGGAGGCCCCUGGAUAAGAUGAGGAUGAGGAUGAAGAUGGGAGCAGCAGGUUUGAGGAGGGAAAUGAAGAUUUUGGAUGUGGUUGGCGAUGGGUGGUCAUUAGAGCUCCUGGUGGCAAUGUUGAGUAACAGUUGGACCUAGGAGUCUGGAGUUGAGGGUUGAGGUGGGGCUGGAGAUAGAAAUUUCCAGGCAGUGCACAGUGCAUAGUGAACCCAGAGUAUGCUUCCUGUGGCCAUGGUUUCCUGAAGUUUCUCCUCAGCUUCUGCCACAGUCCCUCCCUCCCCAGGGCUGUAGUGUAGCCCACACUGCAGAGCAGUUCCCAGGCUCAGCCCCAGAGCUCUGCCCCACCGCAGAAACAAAGCACAACCCCUCCCCGCUUCCCACCCUGAGUCAGGAACGGAUGUGGUCACCCAGUUAGCUCACAAAAAAGGAUCCCAUCCGCCCAUCCCGCUAGUUGUCAGGAGAGGCCCAGACAAGACCACCACUAAGAGGCCUCCUCAACUUACAGGUCUCCUAGGAAGUAGGUCCCCUGUAACCCAGCCAGCAUCUUCCUAGGAGAGGACUCUGGGCUGGCAGCUCAGCGGGAGGGAGGAUGAAUGUAGCCCCCAGGCCCUUGGGAGGGAGGGAGAACCUGUCUGCACUUGCUGUGGAUGCUGACCAUGUGCUACUCACUUUCAUGUGGCAUAUGCCCUGACUGGAGGAGGGGCGACCCUGGCAAUGAGCCUUCUAGGUGUUGUUGGAUACUUUCUUUUGAAGAGCUAAUCCCCAAACCAGUGACAGCCUGAAGGAGCCCCAAAUCCUGCAACUACACAGACCAGUGCAGACACCCCAGGGCUCCGCUGUCUGCGAGACCCUCGCCCUCGGGCCACCUAGGUUCUGUCUCUCCCUUUCCCUCUCUCACUGGCUGAAGGAUGGGCUAAUUGUACCAAGACCAAAGAAUCAGUAAGUGUAUCUUCAGAAGGACUUCCACCACAAGUAGUUUUCUAGACUUCUGAACCAGAAAGGAAGAAAGGAACAUUAAUUUGGCACCUGUUGGGUCUUCCCAGCAAUUUCUAGCUAAGUGACCUUGGGAAAAUCUCUUGACUCUCAGAGCUUGGGUCCCAACCUUCUCUGGGUUGGGGGUAAUGAUCCACUUUCCACUGAUGUUGUCAGGAUUAAGUAAGGUCAUGUGGAGAAGUCACCCCCCCCAUGAUGUCUGGUGCCUAGCUAGUAUUCCGUGGAGUGUCUACAUCCUUCCACCAAGACUCACCAUUGUUGUCAUGACACAUCAUUCAUUUCACUGUUGGGAUGCCAAAAAAAAUCCAAACCCAACCGCUGAAUUCUGUCCCGCUGUAGCCACACCACCUGGUGCUUGAACCCCCCGACUCUGCGAACGCAGUUCCCAACGUCUUCCCAAGCACCUCCUUUGCUCAGCUCUCCUUUUAGCUUUCUUUGUCAACUCCAAGUCCGGUGCUCAUCGUCUGUGACUACCAGAUGGAAGUAUAUACACUUUCCCUGCCUAACCUGCCAGGGCUCAAGCUGCCCCUAGGUUGAAUGCUGAACAUUAGCCACCUUGACUUUUAGGGCACUGAAAGACUGUGCAUGCGGCUCUAAUGAUGUGUCAUUACACAUUUGUCCAGACCCACAGAAUAUCCAACAUCGAGAGUGGAUCCAAAGGUGAACUGUGGACUUUGGGGCAUUAUGAUGUGUCCGUGUGGGGUCAUCAAUUGUAACAACAAUGGACCCUCUGCUGAGGGAUGUUGAUAGUGGGGGAGGCUGUGCGUGGGGCAAGCAAGGCGUGUCCAGGAACUCUCUGUACCUUCCUCCUAAUCGUGCUGUGAAGCUAAAAUGGCUCUAAGAGAUAAAGUCUUUUGAAAAAAUUA